AUGAAUCAAGAUGGUUCAUAUUUAGCAGAGGACAGCUGCUUCAUAAAAUACCACUCUCAAGAUGCCGGCGUCAUCAACAAGAAUGAGGAUCCUGAUGUCGAAAAAGGCGGGGUGAAAAAGGUCGAGAGUCCGGGCAUACAGCCUGUGAAUUCUCAACCAAACCCAAUUCCCAACGAGAAAGGCAUAUUGUACGCCAAUCAAACACCAGAGUCCGACAACUCUACCGUCAACGGCGAGGAUGACAAGGACGAUUUCCCAGAAGGCGGUCUGAAAGGAUGGAGUGUUGUGCUCGGUUCUUUCUGCGGAUCAUUCUCAGUCUUUGGGAUCAUCAAUAGCACGGCUAUUCUUCUCGACUAUCUUCAGCAGAACCAAUUAAAAGAGUACUCUCCAAGUGCUCUCGGAUGGAUUUUUGGAACGGCAUUGUUCCUGACUUUCUUCUGUGGUGCACCAAUUGGCCCGAUAUUUGAUGCCUAUGGCCCAAGGGCCUUGAUAUUUGCUGGAAGCAUUUUACUCUUAGUCUCUAUAUUCCUCCUAGGACUAUGCUCGCAAUAUUGGCACUUCUUUAUUGUGUACAGUCUUCUAAACGGAAUUGGUGGAUGUCUCAUCAACACCCCAUGCAUUGCCUCAAUUGGUCACUAUUUCCUUGUUAAGCGUGGAAACGCUACAGGAAUAGCCAUGACGUCUGGUAGCAUUGGUGGAAUCAUCUUUCCUCUAAUGCUGCAGAAGCUUUUCCCAACCGUUGGUUUCGCAUGGGCGACCAGGAUCCUAGGAUUUAUCUUAUUGUUCCUUCUUGCAAUGACAAACCUACUUGUUCGAAGCCGACUUCCACGGAAGCCAUUGGUGAGCAUGAAAAAGGUUGCUCCAGACUUCACAACGUUCAAGGAUCUGCCCUUCACGUUUGUGACCAUUGGAAUAUUCCUGAUGGAAUGGGGUAUCUUCGUUCCCCUUACUUAUAUCACCUCAUACACCACUAUGCAUGGUCAUAGUGCAGAAUUCGGCUUUCAGAUUCUCGCCAUUAUGAACGGCGGAUCAUUCUUUGGCCGUUUACUCGCUGGUAUAGUUGCUGACAUGAUUGGUCGGGUCAAUACCUUGAUCAUAUCUAUUGCCUUCUGCAUCGUUACAUGUUUCGGUCUGUGGUUACCAGCUGGCGACUCCACACCAAUGAUCGUCGUAUUCGCUGUCAUUUUCGGCUUCGUCAGUGGAAGCAACUUGAGCCUAAGUCCGGUCUGUGUCGGCCAAAUGUGCAAGACAGAAAAUUAUGGCAGGUACUUUGCGACGUGCUGGAUGGUAGUUGCCUUCGGCACGCUCACCGGCUUGCCAAUUGCAGGUCAGAUUCUUACCGUCUCUGGUGGCAAAUAUGAGGGUGUGAUCAUCUUUGCCGGGAUGUCCUACGUUGCGGCUCUUGCUUGUCUCAUCGCAGCAAGGGUAUUGCGUGUUGGAUGGAAGAUCAGUGUUGUUUACUAA